AAGCAUUCAAGAUUCCUUCUUCCACACGCACACCAGCCUCAUUCUAACGCCCUCCUUUUCACCAGGUCUGUGAUCCGGGUCACUGAAUGGGAAUAAUUCACAAUGGCAAAGGACAAGUCUGAAAAGAAGGAUAAGCGCGAGAAGAAGGAGAAGCGUGCCGAGAAGGACGGUGUCCACAAGAGCAAGAAGGAUAAGAAGGACAAGAAGGAUAAGACCGCCCUCACCGAUGCAGUUCUGAAGGGAAUUGAGCACGAGGCUUCCCAGUCACCUGUCAACGGUGUUCCUGAGAUCGAGGAAACCGAACCUGCCACCCGUCCCAUCGGCGCACUGGUGCCAUUUGCCAGACCUCUCGUGGAAGACAAGUUGGCCAAGAAGUCCCUGAAGAGUGUGAAGAAGGCUGCCGUCAAUAAGUGCCUCAAGCGAGGUGUUAAGGAGGUUGUUAAGGCCCUUCGCAAGUCGCCCAUCCCUGCCCCUAACGCCACUAUCGCCAUUCCCAACGGAAUCGUCAUCCUUGCCGCAGACAUCUCGCCAAUGGAUGUUAUCUCACAUAUCCCGGUUCUGUGCGAGGACCACGGUAUCCCCUACAUUUUUGUCACAUCCCGAGCGGAACUCGGUAACGCUGCUGCGACCAAGCGGCCCACGAGUGUUGUGAUGGUUGUCCCUAAGUCUGCCACCAAGGGCAAGAAGAAGGAUGACGGUGAUGACGAUGAGGAUUUCAGCAAGGUGUACGAGGAGUUGGCCAAGCUCGCCCAGAAGGAGCUUAAGCAGGUGAAUCUAUAAAGAUUCAGCUGGAUGUCUGAAUCGAAUUUAUUUUUCCUUUUUCUCACUUGUUUUCGACUUUGUUAUUCCUAAUUAUACGGCUUAUUUAUGUGUCUUGCCAAUUCUCGAGGCUGUACAGUUCCGCUUUGUUUGACAAGACCACGCAUGUCUUUGGGGUCUGGCCUACGGACGUGUUCAUCUGGGUUGAUCGUUUAUGAUUGUCUGUUGCAAAAUGGCGUUCUCAAAUCGGUGUAUGAAAAAAGGCAGGAAGUAUUAAAAUCCAAUAAAAUAUGAUGCUGAUUGAGCCUUUCUGUG